UCCGCCCCGCGGCAAAAUGGCGGCGCCUGGGUCUUGCCACGCAGACUUCCGCCCAGCGUGGAAACUGAGGGCCGGCUACGGGCCGCGUCGGAGGUGAAGUGACGCGCGUGGUGUGGAGCCGCAGUCUGGGUGCUCUAGGGCAACAUGUCGGAAGGAAACGCCGCGGGCGAGCCCAGCGCCCCGGGAGGGCCCCGACCCCUUCUUUCUGGGGCCCGGGGGCUUAUCGGGAGGCGGCCGGCGCCCCCCCUCACUCCGGGCCGCCUUCCCUCCAUCCGUUCCAGGGACCUCACCCUCGGGGGAGUCAAGAAGAAAACCUUCACCCCAAACAUCAUCAGUCGGAAGAUUAAGGAAGAGCCCAAGGAAGAAGUUACCAUCAAAAAGGAGAAGCGUGAAAGGGAUAGGGACCGACAGCGAGAAGGGCAUGGACGGGGCCGUGGUCGUCCAGAAGUGAUCCAGUCCCACUCCAUCUUUGAGCAGGGCCCAGCUGAAAUGAUGAAGAAGAAAGGGAACUGGGAUAAGACAGUGGACAUGUCAGACAUGGGGCCCUCUCAUAUCAUCAACAUCAAAAAAGAGAAAAGGGAGACAGAUGAAGAAACAAAACAGAUCCUGCGCAUGCUGGAGAAGGAUGACUUCAUCGAUGACCCUGGGCUGAGGAAUGACACUCGAAACAUGCCUGUGCAGCUGCCUCUGGCUCACUCAGGGUGGCUUUUUAAGGAAGAGAAUGAAGAAGCAGAUGUUAAACCUUGGCUGGCUGGCCCCAAGGAAGAGGACAUGGAAGUGGAUGUCCCUGUUGUGAAAGUGAAAGAGGAGCCACGAGAUGAAGAGGAGGAGGCCAAGAUGAAGGCUCCUCCCAGAGCAGCCAGAAAGACCCCGGGCCUCCCGAAGGAUGUAUCUGUGGCAGAGCUGCUCAGGGAGUUGAGUCUCACCAAGGAGGAAGAAUUGCUAUUCCUCCAGCUGCCCGACACCCUCCCCGGCCAGCCGCCCACUCAGGACAUCAAGCCAGUCAAGACAGAGGUGCAGGGCGAGGAUGGACAGAUGGUGGUUAUAAAGCAGGAGAAAGACCGGGAAGCCAAGCUGGCAGAGAAUACUUGCACUCUGGGUGACCUGGCAGAGGGUCAGGUUGGCAAACUGCUCAUCCGCAAGUCAGGAAAGGUGCAACUCCUCCUGGGCAAGGUGACUCUGGAUGUAACUAUGGGAACUUCCUGCUCUUUCCUGCAGGAGCUGGUGUCCGUGGGCCUUGGGGACAGCAGGACGGGUGAGAUGACAGUUCUGGGACAUGUGAAACACAAACUUGUAUGUUCUCCUGAUUUUGAAUCCCUCUUGGAUCACAAACACCGGUAAAAUGAGCAGAUGGAGGAUGAUAGUGACUGUGCCCACGACUACUGCCUGCUCCAGACGUUUUGUUCUCGAAUCUGAGACCCAGAAGGGGUCUGUUUAGCCCACCCACUCCAGCCUUUGGCAGCCAUUGCCCCAAUUUCCCCACAGGGCCCACAUGCCAAGUGGCUUCCUCCCACAGCAGCUGUGAAUGGCACAAUAACCGACCGACAGCAAGGAGCUGCAAAUUCUCACUCCUGGGGGACUUGUCCCUUUUAUUUAUUUUUAUAUUUAUGUCUUAUCUCUUAAACUGACUAUAUCCUCCCAAGGUAGAGAGGAGAGGGACUGGAAAAGUACAGGUUCUUUCUUUUGGUGACCUCUUGUUGCUCAGGGUAGGAGGUAUAAGGACUGUUGCUUCUGCUUCGGCUCCCUCUUUUUUCCUGAGAGAGGUAGGAGGAAGAGCAGGGAAUUUCUGAGUCUGAGACCUAGUACUCAGUCCCAGGUCCAUCGGUUAUAAGUUGUGUGACCUUGGCCAAACUACCUAACCUUUCUGAGCCUCAUAUUCCUCAUCUGACAAAAAUGAGGAUGAUACCUACCUCACAGGGUUGGUGUGGGAAUUAAAUGGAAUAUUGUAAAUAAAAAACUCCUUGCACAAGGCCAGAAUAUACAGUAGGCACUCAAUAAAUGUUAGUUUCCUUUCUCUUUGCCUGAGUCUACUUUCAAACAAAAUAUUCCAGGAAUCUCCCAAAAGUGAAUAGAGCUGCUCAGUUCCCCACUUUUAUCCCUUCAUUCCUACUCUGAGGCCCACCCCAUCCAGGGCUGAUGCUCUGGAUGUACAGGUUCAGGCCAUUCUGUGCCCUUUGUCUUCUGGUCACUCUUAGGCAAGUACUUCCUGUUUAUUGGUGUGAGGCAGUAGCUGAAGUUUCUGUUAGAAGUGAAGAAUUCAAAGACUCCUUCCAGCAUCCCCCAAAAAACUUAGGAUGACAUGGUGGUUCCAGGAUUCAUUCUCCCCACCCAUACCCCUACCCGCACAAUAAGUAGCCAGUAAUCUUCUAGGUCCCGUUCAAAUAUUUCUCAAAAAGAAAUUGUGACCACUCCGAUUUAUCACCACACUAAGUCAAAUAACUGCUCACAAACAACAGUUGGUAAGAUAGAAAUUCAGGAGCCUCUGACACUUUAUGAGUGACAUACUACUUCUAAAGCUUUGAGAGGUCCGCCUUCUGUUUCCUUUUGUCCUACCAUCACCAGGUCCACCCACUCAUAUUGGAUCCCAUCUCGGUUGGCAACAUGUAUUUUUUCAGUUUAUGGGUUGGUGGUGGUGUUCUCUUUACCAGGUUGUUGUACUCUUGGUCCUUCCGAUGUAUAGUCCCUGGAGGAACAGCUUCUUUCCCCUCUUCCUUUGUCAGCAAGUCCUGAAUUUUUCCCUGGUUCAGCUGGGUGAGACAUUUUAGAGGUUAGGGCAAACCCUCAGGCAACAGUGUUCUAUGGCUGUUAGACGCUACCAUUUGGCUUUGAUUUUACCAAACUGCAUGUGGAACAGGGAUGAAGGGAUAGAGGCUCAGUAAGAACAGCCUCUUUCUGACUUUUAGGUGACCCUAGAGGUUUUGGAUACAUCUUCCUUUAGUCUCUCUUUUUGUUCCUUGACCCUAUUUUUUAUUCACUGUGGCAAGGACUUUCCCUACACCAAGCUCCUCCAUCUGCCCAGUCAUUGGUUAUAAGGGGAAUUUAGCCCCUUCUGUGCCAGUAGCUAAAAACGCACGUAAGCGCUACUGGAUGGUGAUGUUCUGGUCUCUUCUCUGAUUCAUAGAGGACUGGAGCAGAAAGGGUUCCUUGGAAACAUAUCCAUGAAAGCCAGUUUUAACAUUUCAUUUAUUCUUUCACACUCAAAUUUUAUAUGUUAUUUAUAAUAUAAACUUUAGGUUAGUUUAUCAUGUGCUUUAUCUCACUCAAAAAUACAGUUCUUCCCUGUUGAUGAGUGUCUUAGUUUCCCAGCUGCUAAAACAAAUACCAUACAGUGGGUUGGCUUAAACAAGUGAAUUUAUUGGCUCACAGUUUUGAAGCUACAGAGAAGUUCAAAAUCAAGGCGUGAGCAAGGUGAUGCUUUGUCCUUGCGGACCGUGGCAUUCUGGGGCUUAUUGCCAGGGAUCAUCGGGUCCUUGGCUUUUCCCAAUAUCAAGUUCCCUGUUAGGUCAGUGGCACAGCAUACAAAUAUGCUGAUAUGCUGUGAUGGCUCCUAUCUUGAAAACUAACAAAUUCUCCCUCAGGGUCAAAUUUCCUACUGUUAUCACCUCUUGACUCUGCUUUUCUAUGAGGCAAAACUUGUUGAUAGGAAUUGUCUUUACAUCCUGUCUCCAGUUCCUCUCAUCCAUUCUCUCUUCCACCCAUUCCAAUCAGCCUUUAACGACUCCACCCAACUGGCACUUUACAGGUCACCUGUAACAUUCUUUUUGCCUGGCACACUGAUACAUUUUCAGUCUUCAUCUUACUGAACCUAUUAACCACAUUUGAUAGAGCUGAUCACUGUCCCUUCUUUCAGUACCUUUUCUUGGCUUUGGGGUCACUGUCCUAGCUUCAUUCCCUCUUUAUCUCGCUGGUUGUGCGCUUUGUCUUUUCUUGUCUGUCUUCCCUAAUUUCCUUAGUGAUCUCCUGAAUCAUAGCUUUAAGCUCUCUAUAUGUCUGUGACUCUCAAUUUAUAAUCUCCAGCCUGGACCUUUUGACUGAAUCCCAGUCUUGUAUAUCCAACUGCCUACUCACCAUCUCUUUCUUGUAUUUCUAAUAGGCAACUCAACCCUCACUAUGCAUUUCCAGGAAUAGCAGGGAACAGAGAAACAUGUUAAAAGAACCCUGGAGGAUGCAGUCAGCAAAAUCCAGAUUGUGUCUAUGGGACAAAUGACCCAGUUUCUUCAACAAAUUGUAAGGAAAAAAAGGGAGGAAUGGAGGAGGAACCUAUAGAUUUAAAAAGAUAAGCGAUAAUGUCUGUCAGUUGCAGUUUAUGGACCUUAGUGGAUACUGAUUCUAACAAGUUGUAAAAAAGAGAGAGACAAUCAGGGAUAUUUAUAUAUUUAUUAGAUAUUUGAUGAUACUAUUGUUACUUUUUUGAACUGAGAUGAUGGUAUUGUGGUUAUGUAUUUUUAAAAUAUUCAAAAAGUCUUCAUCUAAAAUGUUAUCACUUCUCACCAUCUCCAACACACUCUCUCUCAGCCAAACUGACAUCCUCUUGUGGGAGUUUACAGUUGCCUCUUAAAAGAUCUGCCUGCUUUUACACCCUGCCCCUACCCUCUCAGUCUGCUCUUAACACAGUAGUCAGAGAGAUCUUGGUAAAAUGUGGCCUAUCAUACUACUUCCCAUCUCAUUCAUUGUAAAAGCUAAAGUUUGUUCAAUCUAUAAGACUCCAUAGGAUCCUUCCAUUACCUCUCUGACCUCAUGUUCUGCCCUACUCAGUCAUCCUACUCCAGCCACACUGGCCUCCUUGCUACUUUCAUAACAGCAAGCAAACUCCAGUGUUAGGGCUUUUGCAUUCUCUUCCCUGCCCUGCCUGGAACCCACUUUCUCUAGAUAUCUCCAUGUUGUGUUUCCUCUCUUCCUGCAAGCUUCUGGGACUUUCCCUGAUCACAUAAAUUGGUAAACUCCCAUCUUUGAGCCACCUAUGCCUUUAUCCUGCCUUCUUUUUCUCCAUAGCAUUUAUCACUAUGUGACAUAUUACAUAUUUCUUCUUUUUUUCUUUUUCUUUUUUUUUUUUUUUUUUUUGUCUGAUGUUACCACUAGAACAUAAGCUAUGUGAUGAGAUGGUUUUGUUCCAGUAUCCCCAGGACUUAAAAUAGUUCUUUGAAAGAAGUAAAGAAUGACUGUUAUUGUGUGAAGAUUGUAAAUAUGUGCUAAAGAAUUGAAAGCCACAUUACUGAGUAAAUGCAGAAGAGAAAAAUU